AUGUCAAAAGAACAAAACAUGGCCACAAUCGUCCGUCUACAAACCGGAAACCUUGCUGUCUUCUCCCCCGUCAGCUUAACCCAGGAAGCCCGCGAUACCGUUACCUCUCUCGGCGGCAAUGUAUCCUAUAUCAUCGCGCCUGAUAUUGAGCACCAUAUGCAACUGGGUCCCUGGAAGGCCGCGUACCAGAACGCGCAGGUCAUUGGGCCAGAGGGGCUCCGUGAGAAGAGAGCAAAGCAAGGCAAUGAGGAUGUAGUAAUUGAUCACAUUUUUACAAAAGAGAACAAGAGGAGCAUCAAACUACCAGAGGACUUUGCGAGAGAAUUUGAUGUUGAGUACUUUGACGGACACGCAAAUAAGGAGCUUGCUUUCUUGCAUAAACCCACACGGACAUUCAUAAACGCCGACCUUGUCUUCAACCUACCGGCCUAUGAGCAGUACUCCAAGACUGGAGAAAACCCAGAAUCUGGAGUAUAUGGGAAAUUGAUGGCUAUGAUCUUGGGAAUACAUGGGAAGGGUCAACAGCGCUUCAUAUGGUGGGCUACGGCAAAGGAUAAGAAUUCUUUCAGUCAAAGUGCAAAGGUAGUUGCCGGGUGGGAUUUUGACAAGAUCAUCCCUUGUCACGGAGAUGUCAUCGAGACCGAGGGAAGCGCCGUUUUCAAGAGAUUGUUUGCAUGGCACUUAUAG